AUGGAACAAAAAGAUGAAAAGAACUGCAACAGUGAGGAGGAAGGAGAAAGAAAAGAACCAAAAACAUUUCUGGGGAUCUUUACAAGAGAGAAGUUCAUGAUGUUAUGUGUUGUUAUCGGACUGAUUGCACUUCUUCUCAUCAUUACCUUAACUUCAGUGUUUGUGAUCACAAGAUCAGAUGCUUCAGUCGACAUGGAAAUGGAGCCUUUCCCAUCUGAUGGAGACAUGCUUGAAUUUCUUCUCCAAAUUGGAGAAAUUCAGGAGAAAGAUGGUCUUUAUGCAACAUGGUAUCACGCAGCCAACAAUAAAUCUGAGAUGAACAAGGCCUUGAACAGUGAUGUCAUGAUCCUAGAAGCUGAUGUAAAUGUGAAAGGUUAUAACACAGCUAAUGAAACCAAUAUUCCCAUCAUGGCCCAUCCACCGGACAUAUACAGUGACAACACUCUGGAGGUGUGGCUGGAAGCUGUACUCAAAUCAAAGAAAGGGAUAAAGCUGGAUUUUAAAAGUAUCAAUGCUGUGGAACCCUCACUGGAUCUGUUGAGAGUAAAAAACCAAACGGGUAUCAACCGCCCGGUGUGGAUCAAUGCAGAUAUUCUUCCUGGUCCUAAUGUCCCUGUUUUCUGGCCAGUAAUCAAUGCUUCAGAGCAUCUUCUUUUCUCAGAGCUGAGAAACAGACCCAGAAGAUUCUAUCCAGGUGGGGACAUAAUUGACUAUUUCAGGCCGAUGAACCGUGAUGGACUCAACAUCCAGUGGGACACAGUGACCAAUAAAGAUUAUUUGCUAUAUCUGCUCGAAGACAGCCAAGGGGGAAUGCUGGUGAUCCCAGUAAUAUCUAGUGUAGGUCAACCAAACAUUCCCGUCAUUCAGGGAUCCCAGCCUGAACUGCAUCUACAGGACUGCCUGGAGCUGAUUCUUGCCUCCAAGAAGUCGUGGGGAAUCUACCUAAGGAUAAAGUCCCAGAGUCAGCUGAGCCUCACAUUGGAGCUCCUCCGUCAGGCAUAUGACAGAGACCUGCUGCACCACCCCACCUGGGUCAAUAUGGACAUAGCACACGGAGCUUUCUAUAUUCAAGACUAUGUGACAGGAGCGGAAUUCUUGAGAACCAUUGAUCAAAUCUUUCCAUAUGUGACCUUGGCUCCAGGUUGGCCUAAAGAGGUUCUUGAUGAAGGCUACAAACCAGAGUUGGUGGUGGACAUGGUGCAGCUCUUCCAGGGGGCAUGGCAAGAUGUUUCACUGCAGCUGCAUGCUGAGACCCUGUACAGGACUGUGACUGGAUGUAGAAGCCUUCUCCAUGCACAAUCACGCUUCUCAAUGACUCUGGAGCAUCGGGCAGAGGACAGAGGCCUCAAUACUUGGACUGCAAGCUUAAAGGCUAUCAGAGCACAGAACAGACAGCAGAGCUUCUACAACAUGCCUAAUAUGUACAGAGAACAUAUAGCAAAUCUGUCAGCCUGA